CUUCUGGUGGUACUGUGGCAAUGUGCUUUUUGGGCGAUUUAAAAUCUUAAAUCGUGGCUUUUGUCGUCUCAUUUUUCGUUACAGUCUGUGUUUUUUGUAUACGGAGUUUUGUCUCCUUAUCCUAAUCUACAUAUCUAUGGAUUUGAUAUUAUUUACUAAUCAUUAAUUUUUUGUUCGUGUCUGUGGCUCAAGCUCAAUCAAAUAACAUGAUUUAUUGAUAACAUUUUAAAUUUUUAUUUGAUUUAUUUAUUUUAUUAUAAUUUAUUCGUAAAGUGCAGCUAUUAGCUAAUAUAAAUUUAACAUAGACAGGUAAAUAAAACAAAACCAUUUUUAACAAUGACUGAAAUGCACGAUUCGGACUUAAAAACGAAAUCAAGACGAGGUGAAUAUCAACAUUUGGUAUUUAAAUUUUAUAUUUAUAUGAAAAUAAUUUUUGUUUUAUAAAUUAUAAGCUACUGGAAUUUUAUCUGAAAAUCUUCAUUUUGUCGCUAAUGAACCGUCAUUAGCAUUUUAUCGACUUCAAGAACACGUAAGAAAGUCUGUACCGCCUAUGAUAGAAAAACGAGUUCAAGUACAAAAACUUCACAAGGAUUUACAAGGCCAUUACUAUGAUGUAGAAUAUGCAUUAGGGUAAUAAUAUGCCUUGAUAUUAUAAAAUAAAUAAAUCAAAUUAGUUUUACUUAAAAUUAUAAUGUAUUACAGUGCGGUCAAUUCAAUUAAAAACUGUGAAAAAUCAUUAAAUAAUAUUCAAGAACAACUUAAAAAUGCUUUGUUCCUUAGUCAACAAAUUAAGUAUGAGCAUACCAGACGGUGAGUUAUAUUUUAUGUUCUAUUUAUUUAUGUCUUAGAACAGGGGUGACGAACCUAUAGCACACCAUUAAAAUAUUUAUCUUAAAAAAAAAAAUGAAUCAGAUUUCAACAUAUUAGUAUACAAAAAGAAAUAAUUUUAUAAAUUUGAAUAAUAAGAAAAAACAUGUAAAUUUAAUAGAUAUUUAUAGAUAUAAUAUUUAUGAUCAUUAUUGUACUCUAAUCACUACAUAAAUAAGUAUUAACCAAUACCGUUACAGUGUCAUUGAAAAAUAAAACUUGUAUAAAAAUGUAUUUAUUUAAGGCAAUUAUAAUUAUAAUAAUAAUAAUAUUUAUUUAUUUUCUAUACUAACUAUAGUUUAACAAAUUAAAAUGUAUAAAUAAAAUUACUGUAGUUAGCUAAUUCCAAGCCAUUGACUAUGAGGAAGUAGGAGUUAGAACUUUAAAUUAAUAUUAAUAAGUUAUAAAUGUUAUACAUAAUAUGUGAAAAGCAAUUAGUAAUAAUAAAAAAUGACAGUAAAUAUAUCAUGCACUUGGAUAAACUAAUUGAAGAAAUAUAAAUCAAUUGAAUUUUUUAAAUUUAAUUUUAAUCAUAUAUGGGAUUUACCCUUUAUAUUUAAGUAAAUUAAUUUAAUUAAAUACAAUAUAAGUUAUGUUAAGUUAGGUUAAAAUUGACGGAGAACAAUAAAAUUAGUAUCAAUAUUCAAUAACAUUUAUAAAUUACAAGUAAUGACAAUAAACUAUAAACAAUGAAAAAUUAUAACUAUGUACAGGAGGAAAUAGUAAUUAAUAGUGAAAAUCUAAGAAAGUAGGGUCGGUAUUGUCAUACGUCAUUAGACGUCUAAGUGGUUCGUUUAUUUAAUAGAAUGUGGUGGCUCUAGAAAUGAAGUAAAUUGCAUUGGGAUGUGUUAAACGAGAAGGAAUUUUAAAAUUUACAAAGGAGAGUAGCGUAGGAGAAUUGAUUCUGUUAAGCAAGAUAUCCUGAAAGAACUUUGCGUUUAGCAUACGCCUAUAUUCAGCGAGAAUUUCAAGUCCAAGUGAUUCAGCAACAGGAGAAUAAUCAUAGUGUGGUGUACCUUAAGAGAAGCCAACAAAUUUCAAAAAUUUACGCUACACACGCUCAAGUUGGCUUGACCCAGUAGCUAUAAAAGGAUUCCAAAUUACAGAUCCACAUCAAAGUAGUAUACAAUAUAAGGAUUUAAGCAAACGUAAAAGUUUAAUGUCUUUAGAAAAUCGCAUAAUGAAACCUAAAACUUUAAAUAUUUUACUGCAAAUCAAGAAUUGUGUACAUUCAAAUUAAGGUUGUUUGAUAACUCAAGUCUUCAAGAAAAUGUAAUGAAAAAUGUGGAUAAUGAAAUGCUUAAAGUCUGGAACUCACUUCUAGACACAUUUAAAUAAUACCUAUAUUAAAAAAAUUGACUCAUUCCAUACUUUAAUAUUUUUCUUUUACUUAUGCGUGGGAAAAUUUAUUUUCCACAACAAAUUUAAUAAAAUCAAAACAAAGAAAUGCUUUCAUUGAAAAUUACAUAAUAUUCCCCUAUUACAGGUUCCAAAACUUUAUCUUUAAAAAAAUAAUAUAUUAAAAUAAUGCUUAAUAUUUGGUGAUAAUUUAAGAAUCUAUUUUUAAAUAAAGUUAACAAAUAACCACAUAAAAUGUGUAUUAUUAUUUUCUAAUUGUUUUAUUUUUAGUAGACUUUUUUUGACACGGGAUUAUAUUUUAAAAAAAUUUGUCACUUGACUCGAAAAAGGUUCGCCAUCCCUGUCUUAGAAUAUCAAGCAGAUAAUUUUCCAAUAUAUUGGUUGGUAUUAUACGUUUACUAAUUUUGUAUUUGUAUGCAUGUAUUUAUCAUUAUCAACAUUUUUAUAUGAUUUGAUUAAUUUUUAUUAUUAUUUAAGUUAAAACAAAUAAUUGUAUUUAUAAUUAUGUAGACUGAAAACUUCAUAAUAAACAAAGAUACACCAUUCAAAUCUAUUAAAACCAAACCAGUGUAAUAUUGUUUGUAAAGCAUGCACUUAGUAUAUUUUUAUCUGGUAAGACAUAUUUUGUAGUUUAGUGUUUAUAUUCUACUAUAGAUUUAUUGUUGAUUUUUUUUAUAAUAUUGAUUAAUGUUUUAUUAUUUUAUUUAUCAACAUUAAUAUUUCAGUGGAAGAUCUAAAAAAGAUUCAAUGUACAAACGUUUGUCCGCACACUUAACUACCACUCUAGACCUACCUGAAUUGCCAGAAGCUAUCAGAGAUACAGCAAACAAAGUGGAGUCGAUGGUGAACAGUGCAAGACAUUCUAAUAUAUAUUAAUACCAGUCAGUGAAUAUAAGUCUGUAUGAUCUAUUAUCAUAUUUUAAAACUCAAUAUGGUGAUUUAUUCAAGUAUUUUUAUCAUUAAAGAAAAGUCGGGCAUAAUACAUACACAGAAAGAAUUAAGUUUAUUGGUAUACCAAAUUAUUUUCUAUGAAAAUGUGUUUGAUGUGAUUCUAAAAUUGAACAUUUAUUUGUUUCUAAUAACAUGUGUGUUUGUUUUAUUUGUUUAAUAGCUAAAUUUAGUACCUACUAAGAAAUAUUUAACUUCCUUUAAACCUAAACUCUAUAGAUAAAAUUGUUAUAUUAAACAGAAAUGCUUGUAAAUUUAACAGAUGUUACAUUAAAGUUGUAAUUAGUCAACAAGAAAAUUUGAGUUUAAUAGUUUUUUUAUUUUUUAAUAAGAAUUUUAGAAUCAAAUUUUGACAAAAAUCAUAAAUAUUUCGGCCUUUUAAAACGUGUUUAGCCGAAUUUUGCUCAGACUAGUUUUUCAUCAUUAAUCCUUGCAUACAGAUAUACAUUAAAUUCUCUCUUAUAUUCUACCUUUCCAACUUAUCACCUUCAACAGUGUCACCCAUCAUGCAAAGUAUGUUUGUCUUUUUUUUUCUAUUUAUUAUAAUACUUUAUUAUUUUCAUUUUUCUCAGUUUUUUUUUCAUUUCUUUAUCUUGCUAUAUGUAUUCUACUACAGGAUUACAAUUAGUAUUUAUAAUUUAUUGACACAUUGUGGGGGAAUUCAAUAAAAAUGACACAUUUAUUACUUUUUUAAAGUACAUGGCACAAGUAUUUUAAGUCUUAUUAGAAAUAAUUUUUUUUUUCUAAUUACUAAUUAUAUUUUAAAUGAUAACAGUGUUUAAUAGAUUUUAUAUGACAUUAAUACAAGAUAAAAUCCACUAAUUUAUAUUUUAUGAUACCUACCUAUGCAAAUAUUGUUCUAUACCAUCAUUAAUCAGUUUUUCGUGUCAUAAAGAUAGCCCACCUUUAUCACACUUUAUAUUUAACUGCAACUAAGAAACCAUCAACACACUGACACAACUAAAUACCCCUAUAAAGUGGUAAAAAUGAUAGAUCAUAUACUGCAGUUGCCAUGUUGUCUGUAGAACUAAAACAACAAGGUAGCUGUAUUUUUAUGAUUAAUGAUUUCAUUUUAUUUUAUCCUUUAUACUUAUAUAGUAGCAUCUCGUAAAUAUAGUCAUAAUUACUUAUAAAUAUUUUUAAUUUAAAAUAUGAUAUACUUAAUUAUUUAGCCAUACAAGAACUUACAUUAGUAUUAUAAUACUAAUUAGAUAAUUCUAAUAUUAUUCUAUAUUAUUGUACUUUGAAAAAUAAACGAGUUUAUCCUUAUAUUUAAAAAUACUAAUUGUAUUAGAUUAUAGUAAAAAAAGUAACAUCUAUGCUGUAGUUUCAAAUUUUUGAAUAAAUAUAAAUGAUAUUUGAGAAGCCCAAACAAUUAUAAUAUUAAAUUACAUGUAUAAAUAAAAAAAAAAUAAUAAUAAAAAAGCUAUUGAACCUUAUUUUUAAAAUAAAUUACAAUAAUGAACAUAGUAAAUAAUACAAAAAUUAAAUGCGUAUAUUGUAUAUUUAAUAAUGGUAAUAUGCGUAAUUUUGAUUUAAUGUUUCUUCUUUUUGCUAUGCACAAUAGGUUGUUUUAUUAAUGUACUGGAAUUGUAUGUUUUUUGAGAAAUAUUAUAAAUAUUGUAAAGAGCAAAUAAUGAAAACAGCAAACUGAAAAUAUUAUAAUAAUGUAAAUGUCAAUGUAACACAAAUUGGAGAUUAUUAUACAAUUAUUAAAAAUAAUAAUAUUUACCCGGUUGUAGCACAUACUCUGUGAAUUGACACACAUAUGAAGAAAGUAAACAAUAAUGAUAACACAACUAAAAAAAAGAAAUUAUUUAAUUAGGAACUGUUAAAAAUUAUUACAAGUCUAAAAUAUUAGUGAAUUUUCAAUAAAAUAUUUUUUAAAAAAAGUCAUUACUAAAAUAUAAUUAUCAUUAUAAGAUAUUUAAUUGAAUAAUAAAAAUAAUAAAUCUUACAGUUAAAAGAAAUUUGUUUUGGUAAAAAUAUAAAUAAAUUUAAAUAUUUUAGAUUUUGAACGAAACGAGAAAUGUAUUGGUUUUACAAUAUUUUUUUUUCAUCUGAACAACUCUUCUACCAGAAAUUUUGCUCAGAUUUUCAGUGUAAUAAGUUGUAAUAAAUGGCAAAACUUAUGAAAUGUACAAUUUUCAAAUCUUAAUAUUAUAGUUUUUUUAAAAUAUGUGUAACCAAACUAAGCGCAAAAUCAUGUUUUGUUAGAAAAGAUUAAUCGUUGCUAACAGAUAAUACAUCAAAUUCUCUAUAUCAUAUCUUCCCAACCUCUCACCUACAAUAGUGGCCCACUCAUCGUACGAAGUAUCUUACUAUAUUGUUUACAUAGUCAGAAUAAUAAAAAUAAUUACAACAAAUCACUUAGAUAAAUUGUUUAACAAAUUUAUCUUAGUUUAUAGGAUAUUUAAACAAUUUGUUUUACUUACUUUCUGGAAAGAAGCUUGCUUGAUAUCUUUCUCCCAUAACUAGUGUCAUUAAAUUACUUAUGG